UUUGCCGCCGCGUCUGGGCGGGAGGAGGAGCGGACUGGGCAGCAGGCUUUCGGGACUGCAGGCUUCGGCGGCGCCAAGGGGCGCUCCUAGCGCAGCCUUCCCGGCUCGGGGCUUUCCUGCCGAGGCGCCCGUAUCCCCGGGCUCCUCGCCCCGGCCCCCAGCGGCCCCGAUGCCGAGGCAUGGAUAGAGCGGCGUUGCGCGCGGCAGCGAUGGGCGAGAAGAAGGAGGGCGGCGACGGGGGCGCCGCGGCGGACGGGGGCGCAGGGGCCGCCGCCAGCCGGGCGCUGCAGCAGUGCGGCCAGCUGCAAAAGCUCAUCGAUAUCUGCAUCGGCAGUCUGCGCGGGCUUCGCACCAAGUGCUCAGUGUCUAACGACCUCACGCAGCAGGAGAUCCGGACCCUAGAGGCAAAGCUGGUGCGGUACAUCUGCAAACAGCGGCAGAGUAAGCUUAGCGUGACCCCGAGCGACAGGACCGCCGAGCUCAACAGCUACCCGCGCUUCAGUGACUGGCUGUACAUCUUCAACGUGAGGCCUGAGGUGGUGCAGGAGAUCCCCCAAGACCUCACACUGGAUGCUCUGCUGGAGAUGGACGAGGCCAAAGCCAAGGAGAUGCUGCGAUGCUGGGGGGCCAGCACGGAAGAGUGCAGCCGCCUACAGCAAGCCCUCACCUGCCUUCGGAAGGUGCCCAGCCUGGGAGGGGAGCCCAAAGUGGACUCAGGUUGGAGUUCGGCAGAUGCACGAGACAGUAGCUCGGGGCCUCCUGUGGACAUGCUUUCCGCACUGGGCAGAGCGGGUGCCAGCACUCAGGGACCCCGUUCUAUCUCCGUGUCCGCCCUGCCUGCCUCAGACUCUCCGGUCCCCGGCCUCAGUGAGGGCCUCUCGGACUCCUGUAUCCCCUUGCACACCAGCGGCCGGCUGACCCCCCGGGCCCUGCACAGCUUCAUCACGCCCCCUACCACACCCCAGCUACGACGGCACGCCAAGCUGAAGCCACCAAGGACACCCCCGCCGCCAAGCCGCAAGGUCUUCCAGCUGCUCCCCAGCUUCCCUACCCUCACACGGAGCAAGUCCCAUGAGUCCCAGCUGGGAAACCGAAUCGACGACGUCGCCCCGAUGAAGUUUGAACUCCCUCAUGGAUCCCCACAGCUGGUACGAAGGGAUAUCGGGCUCCCAGUGACACACAGGUUCUCCACAAAGUCGUGGCUGUCACAGGUGUGCAACGUGUGCCAGAAGAGCAUGAUGUUCGGCGUGAAGUGCAAACACUGCAGGUUAAAAUGCCAUAACAAGUGCACAAAGGAAGCUCCCGCCUGCAGGAUCACCUUCCUCCCACUGGCCAGGCUUCGGAGGACUGAGUCUGUCCCGUCGGAUAUCAACAACCCAGUGGACAGAGCAGCAGAGCCCCAUUUUGGAACCCUUCCCAAGGCUCUGACGAAGAAGGAGCACCCUCCAGCCAUGAACCUGGACUCCAGCAGCAACCCAUCCUCCACUACGUCCUCCACACCCUCAUCACCGGCACCUUUCCUGACCUCAUCUAACCCUUCCAGUGCCACCACGCCCCCCAACCCGUCACCUGGCCAGCGGGACAGCAGGUUCAGCUUCCCAGCUGCCUACUUCAUUCAUCAUAGACAGCAGUUUAUCUUCCCAGACAUUUCAGCCUGUCCUCAGGCAGCCCCGCUGUCCAGCACAGCCGACAGUACACGGCUCAACGACCAGCCCAAAACAGAUGUGCUGGGUGUUCACGAAGCAGAGGCUGAGGAGCCUGAGGCUGGCAAGUCAGAGGCAGAAGAUGACGAGGACGAGGUGGAUGACCUUCCCAGCUCCCGUCGGCCCUGGCGGGGCCCCAUCUCCCGAAAGGCCAGCCAGACCAGCGUGUACCUGCAAGAGUGGGACAUCCCCUUUGAACAGGUGGAACUGGGCGAGCCCAUUGGGCAGGGCCGCUGGGGCCGGGUGCACCGAGGCCGUUGGCAUGGCGAGGUGGCCAUUCGGCUGCUGGAGAUGGACGGCCACAAUCAGGACCACCUGAAGCUGUUCAAGAAAGAGGUGAUGAACUACCGGCAGACGCGGCAUGAGAACGUGGUGCUCUUCAUGGGGGCCUGCAUGAACCCACCUCACCUGGCCAUUAUCACCAGCUUCUGCAAGGGGCGGACAUUGCAUUCAUUCGUGAGGGACCCCAAGACGUCUCUGGACAUCAACAAGACUAGACAGAUUGCCCAGGAAAUCAUCAAGGGCAUGGGUUAUCUUCAUGCAAAAGGCAUCGUGCACAAGGACCUCAAGUCCAAGAACGUCUUCUAUGACAACGGCAAAGUGGUCAUCACAGACUUCGGGCUGUUUGGGAUCUCAGGCGUGGUCCGAGAGGAACGGCGAGAGAACCAACUGAAACUGUCGCAUGACUGGCUGUGCUACCUGGCCCCCGAGAUUGUACGAGAAAUGAUACCAGGGCGGGACGAGGACCAGCUGCCCUUCUCCAAAGCAGCCGAUGUCUAUGCAUUUGGGACCGUGUGGUAUGAACUACAGGCAAGAGACUGGCCCUUUAAGCACCAGCCUGCUGAGGCCUUGAUCUGGCAGAUCGGAAGUGGGGAAGGAGUACGGCGCGUCCUGGCAUCCGUCAGCCUGGGGAAGGAAGUCGGCGAGAUCCUGUCUGCCUGCUGGGCUUUCGAUCUGCAGGAGAGACCCAGCUUCAGCCUGCUGAUGGACAUGCUGGAGAGGCUGCCCAAGCUGAACCGGCGGCUCUCCCACCCUGGGCACUUCUGGAAGUCGGCUGACCGCUGGCGGAGCCGCUACUACGGGAAAGGACGCUAUGGUCACCCCGACUUUAAGAACUCCUGUCCAGUUCUGGAGGAAUACAUUAACAGCAGCAAAGUCAUGCCCCGCUUUGAAAGGUUUGGCCUGGGGACCCUGGAGUCCGGGAAUCCAAAGAUGUAGCCAGCCAUGCACGUUCAUGCAGAGAGAGUCUUCCUUUCUGAAACAUGGUUAUGAAACACGCAGACCGCCACCUCAAGGAAUCAGAAGCAUUCCAUCCCAAGCUGCGGACUGGGAGCGUGUCUCCUCCCUAAAGGACGUGCGUGCCCAUGCGUGCAUGCGUGCAUGCGUGCGUGCGUUACCAAGGUGUAUGGGGCUCAGGACCGCAGCCAUGCGCGCACCUCCAGAUGAUACCCCUACAGCCAGUGUUUACACAGGGGUUUCUGCCUGGCAAGCUUGGUGUUUUACAGUAGGUAAAGAUCACUCAGCAGAAGGGUGCCGGCACUGUGGAACAGCAGGGAUGUCCCCAGCCUCCGUUCUGGAAGACCCUGCAGCCAUGAGGGGCCCACGGUUGAACCAGAUGGAAGAAAAGCCGUAUGGAUGUGGCUGGACUGGGAGAAGGGCAGGUGGCAGGAGGUUUUCCUUGGCCUGUGUUUGGGCCCUGAACCACACUAAGGAGCAACAGCCUGGGUUGGGAAUCUAUCUGGAUUAUGGGGGUCAGAUUUCCUGGAGAGUUGGAUUCAGUUUCUGCUCUGAUCCAGUCCUCUGUGUGUGUGUGUGUGUGUGUGUGUGUGUGUGUGUGUGUGUGUGUGUGUGUAAGUACAAACAGAAUCCCAGCGGCUUCUAGAGUGAUCUGAUUGAUCUUCGCCCGGCUUCUACUGCAGGGGGGAGGGAAUAGCCACACAUCUGUGGAGAUACCCACUUCUUUAUCUGAGGCCUCCAGGUAGGCACAAAGGCUGUGGAACUCAGCCUCUAUCAGACACCCCCCUGUGUCUCAUUGACCCCCCUCCUCCCAGAGUCGAGGGAGUGUGUACAGUGAGUUCUUGGUUAAGAACAGGGACGGUGGCAGAAGCAGUUUGCAGUGGCCCUAGCACCUUAAAACCCUCUGUCUGUCGCACUAGAAGGUUCUAGACCUACCACCACUUCCCCAUCCCAUGGAAGCCUUUUAGCCUGUUCUGACCCCUGUGUGUGCUCUGAGCUCAGAUCCGGUUAUGAGCCCACCCAGACACAUCAGUUGGGGAGGCUCUGAUCUGACCUGCAGGCCUCUGUGUUCAUUCCUAUGAGCUGGAGGGGCUGUACUGGGAAAAGUCAGAGGUGCUCGUCAGGACCCAUCAGCUACUGAGCGGGGUGGUCCCUGAGCAGAGGGUAGGCAGCGUCAGACUCCACAACCAGAGAAGGAAAGAAAUGGGGGUGGAGUGGAGACCCACGGUGGCUCCCUCUCAAUUAAAACUCCCAGUAAAGCAGAGGUUCUCCAAGCAUCCAAGUCUGCUCCAGGCGUCUCUUAAAACAGGGCCACUCUCUGAGAAGUUGUGGAAACCCCCUCCCCCAGGCCUCAGCACAGCUUCAUGCUACCCGAGAGCCGGGACAAUAGCAUCUUGACCCCACCUCCGGGGUGGGGAGGAAGAGCCUUGAGCCUCUGUUCAGCUCUGUGUGGGCUGUCCAGUCAUUUCUCCACCCCUUCAGCUUUCCACAUAAGCCCUUGAUGUGACCUCCCUACUUGUGUGCCCCCUGCCCCUGGCAAUGUCUUGCCUGCACCGUCCCAGAGGCCACAGUGCCUGAGGUUCAGGCUGGUCUCUCACUGUGUAAGUGUUGCGAUGUAGAACCCUUUCAAUUAUCCCCUGAUACCAAAUCACAUCGGGCGGCACACAGCCUACUGACAGCAAGCCUGGGUCUUGCUUUGUGCUGUGAACAUCACAGUUGAGAAAGCUUUGAGCCCUGCAUUGAAUGUGGUCUUGUGCAUGAGAAGGGGACCAGAUAGGAAUAGUCGUUGAUCCCUGGCUUAAGGAGCUGGCCAUCUUCGUAUGCUGGGGCUGCCGUCUGCCCCAGUGGUGCUGCAGUGCUAGAGCCCUCCCUCUUAUUCCCCAAUUCCUGCCUCGGCUCAGCCCUUCCUGUAAGAGAGUUCCCACCAUGGUCCCCACUUCCUUUACUACUUAAGUGACUGUGAAUUGAAGUUAGGAAAGUUCGCCUCCUGCACACUCUCCUCGUCUCCUGGGAAACACAUGAAGGAUGACAGAUACUGUGAAUUCAGCCCGCAUAGCCACUGUGAAGGCAGUGAAAAAGGCCCAAGCUUCAGAGAACCUGCCCACCUAAAUUGUGAGACCCUUUUCCAGGCACCCUGGAUUCCCAGCCUCACCCCGAGGGAGUGGCAAGUUGUGAAUCCUAACUAGUGCUGGGCUGCUCUAAUUCACCUGAUCAGAGCCCUCGACCAUUGUCUUCUUGGUCCAGGCAGGGAGUGGCAAGCCUGUGUUGCUCUGUAGUGACAGGGUAGAGUGGGACAGCCACGCUGUGCUGCAGUGCUGGCCAGGAUGUCAUCAGUGUGUACACCUAGUGUCUUCCGUGGCCACGAGGCAGACAAUUAUUUGCUUAUUUUGAAUGUGAUGUAAAAUUUGUACAGUAAAAGUUUUUAUAUUUUCUAUCAAUUGCAUUUGUCUUCCAGAAAUGCUUUAAUUUAAAUUAAGAUGGUUAGUCUUGAUGAAUGUGUUACAUUGGGGGUUUUGCCACUGCUAAAAAUGAAUGUACCCUGUGGCUAAGCCAGGCCUAGGGGUCUGGAGUUUGUGAAUAAA